GGCGGGCAGGCGGGGGGAGUGGAGGGGGCCGCGUUGCCAUGGCAACGGAGCCGAGACCAGUGGGGCCGAGCCGGGCCGAACCCGGGGCCGAGAGGGGCCGAGCGGUACCGGACUGAGCCGAACGCGAGACUGAGCCGGGCCGAACCCGGGGCCGAGGGUGGCCGAGCGGUACCAGACUGAACCGAACCGGGAGCCGAGCGGUACCAGACUCCGCCGAACCCGGGGCCGGGGUUUUCCGAGCCGGGCCGAACCUGGGGCCGAGCGGUGCCGAGCGGUACCGAACUCAGCCGAGCGUGGUGCCGAGCCGGGUCGAACCCGGGACCGAGCGCAGCCGAGCGAUACCGGACUGAACCGAACCCGGAGCCGAGCGAUUACCGGACUCAGCCGAACCCGGGGACGGAGUGGCUCCGAGACGGGCCGAACCCGUAUCGGGCUGAGCUGAGUGUGCCCCGAGCGGUUCUGGAGGGGUGCCGAACCGGCCCGAGCUGUCCCGGAGCCGGCCCGGUCCCGUGUAACGGAAACCCCCUCAGGAGCUGCCCCCGCUGUGCCCCGCCGCCGCCAUGCUGAUCAAGGAGUACCACAUCCUGCUGCCCAUGAGCCUGGAGGAGUACCAGGUGGCCCAGCUGUACAUGAUCCAGAAAAAGAGCCGGGAGGAGUCGAGUGGCGAGGGCAGCGGCGUGGAGAUCCUGGCCAACCGGCCCUACAGCGAUGGCCCUGGGGGCAGCGGCCAGUACACCCACAAGAUCUACCACGUGGGCUCCCACAUCCCCAGCUGGUUCCGGGCUCUGCUCCCCAAAGCCGCGCUCCAGGUGGAGGAGGAGUCCUGGAAUGCUUAUCCCUACACUCGCACCAGGUACACGUGUCCCUUCGUGGAGAAGUUUUCCAUUGAGAUCGAGACAUACUACCGCCCGGAUGCGGGGCAGCAGACCAACAUCUUCAACCUGAGCGCUGUGGAGAAGAGGCAGAGGAUUUUGGACACCAUCGACAUUGUGCGUGAUCCCAUCUCCCCCGGGGAAUACAAACCUGAGGAGGAUCCCAAACUCUACCACUCAUCCAAGACGGGCCGGGGGCCGCUGGGGGAUGACUGGCUGGAGGCAGCAGCAGCCAGCGGGCCCCUCAUGUGCGCCUACAAGCUCUGCAAGGUGGAGUUCCGAUACUGGGGGAUGCAGUCCAAGAUCGAGCAGUUCAUCCAUGACGUGGGCUUGAGGAAGGUGAUGCUGCGCGCCCACCGCCAAGCCUGGUGCUGGCAGGACGAGUGGACGGACCUGACGAUGGAGGACAUCCGGCAGCUGGAGGAGGAGACAGCGCGCAUGCUGGCGCAGAAGAUGGCCAAGUGUGGCGAGGGCGAGGAGCCACCGGCGGCUGGGGUCAGCCCCGAGGGACAGCCGGAGCCAGAUGGUCCUGGUGGUCAGGAGGAGGUUGAGCUGCAGGCAGGGACCGAUACCCCCUCGGAUGAUACCUUUGCCAAGCAGUGGUCCACCUCCUCCCGGUCUUCCUACUCUUCCCAGCAUGGAGGGGGCGUGUCUCCUCAGAGCCUGUCGGAGUGGCGGAUGCAGAACAUUGCCCGGGACUCAGAGAACAGCUCCGAAGAGGAAUUUUUCGAUGCCCACGAGGAUCUGUCUGACAGCGACGAGGUCUUUGCCAAGGAGAUGACCAAGUGGAGCUCCAAUGACUUCUUGGACACGCUUGAGCGGCCAGCAGAGCUGGAUGAGGCACUGGGGGAUGGAGCCAGCGCCACCAAGGGCGAUGGUGAAGGAUUGGGAACAUCCAGCUUCCCUGAGGGAGGCACGGCAGAGAGCACGGAGCAGAUGUGCCGGAUCCACGCGCUCUUCCUCAUCCUCCACAGUGGGAACAUCCUGGAUCAGGGAGCGGGCGAGCCGGGCUCCAAGCAGGCGGAUGUGCAGACUCUGGCAGCCACCUUUGAUGCUGUCACCCGCGUCCACUUUCCCGAGGCACUGGGACAUGUGGCCCUGCGCCUGGUGCCCUGCCCGCCCAUCUGUGCUGCAGCCUACGCCCUUGUCUCCAAGCUCAGCCCUUACAGCCAUGACAGGGACAGCCUGUCCAGCAGCCAGGACCACAUCCCACUGGCAGCACUCCCACUGCUGGCCACCUCCUCAGGCACCUACCAGCAGGCCGUGGGCACCGUCAUCACCCGUGCCAACCAGGCCUACACAGCCUUCCUGCACUCUGGAGAGGGCACUGGCUUCUGCGGCCAGGUGGUGCUGCUGGGGGACUGUGUGGGCGGCAUCCUGGGAUUUGAUGCCCUGUGCCAGAGCCGGGCGGGCUCGGGGGGCAGCCGGAGCAGCAGCCGCCGUGGCAGUCUGAGCACAGAGCCCAUCUCCCCAGAGCAGUGUGGUGGCCCGGACCCGCUGGCUGAUGGGACAGAGGGAGCGCCAGUAUUGGGCCAGACCAGCCCUGAAGCCCCAGGGGCACAGAGGGACAGCCAGCAGCACAGCUCCACAAGCAGCCUGCAGGCCAGCGAGGCCCCGCUGGAGGCAGAGGCACCCCGGAGCAGUGCCAUGGCGCUGGAUGGGGGAGAGGGUGCCAGCACCCGCCUCGAAUUUAAGGUAUCCGGCUUCUUCCUCUUCGGUUCCCCACUGGGGCUGGUGCUCGCGCUGCGCAAGACCGUCAUGCCUGCUCUGGAUGUGGCCCAGCUGCGUCCUGCCUGUGAGCAGAUCUACAACCUCUUCCACGCUGCCGAUCCCUGCGCCUCCCGCCUGGAGCCCCUCCUGGCCAAGGCCUUCCAUGCUGUGCCCCCACUCAGCGUGCCCCGAUACCAGAAGUACCCCCUGGGUGAUGGCACCUCGUCCCUGUUGGCGGAGGCCCUGCAGACACACUCUGCCCUGUUCCUGCCCAAAGUGGAUGUGGCUGCUCCCCCUACCCCCACUGGCAGCUUUGGGGGCUUCUGGAAGGGCAAUGAGGUGGCAGAGCCCCCCACUCCUGCCAGCACCAGCGAGGUUGUCAAGAUUCUGGAGCGCUGGUGGGGCCCGAAGCGCAUUGACUACUCUCUGUACUGCCCCGACGCCCUAACUGCCUUCCCCACCAUCACCCUGCCCCACCUCUUCCACGCCAGCUACUGGGAAUCCUCCGACGUGGUGGCCUUCAUCCUGCGCCAGGUGAUGGAGAAGGAGGGGCCACAGCCUGCGGAGAGUGAGGAGAGCUCCAUCUACAGCCCCGCCAUCCCGCGGGAGAAGUGGCAGCGCAAGCGCACCCAAGUGAAGAUCCGGAACGUGACGGCCAACCACCGUGCCUGCGAUGUCAUUGUGUGUGAGGGAAAAGCGCAGGUCCUCAGUGGGCGCUUCAUGUAUGGACCCCUGGACGUGGUGACACUGACUGGGGAGAAGGUGGACAUCUACAUCAUGACACAGCCACUGUCAGGGAAGUGGCUGUACUAUGGCACCGAGGUGACGAGUGGCAGCGGGCGCGUGACCUUCACCAUCCCUCCAGACAAGGCUCUGGCCAUUGGGAUCUACCCUGUGCGCAUGGUGGUCAGAGGGGACCACAGCUAUGCUGAGGCGUACCUGACCGUGGUGGCCCGUGGCACCGAGUCUGUUGUGUUCAGCAUUGAUGGCUCCUUCACUGCCAGCGUCUCCAUCAUGGGCAGUGACCCCAAAGUGCGGGCGGGGGCUGUGGACGUUGUAAGGCACUGGCAGGACUCGGGGUACAUGAUCAUCUACGUGACGGGGCGCCCCGACAUGCAGAAACACCGCGUGGUGGCCUGGCUCUCGCAGCACAACUUCCCCCACGGCGCCGUGUCCUUCUGCGACGGGCUCACCCACGACCCGCUGCGCCAGAAAGCCGCCUUCCUGCAGAGCCUGCGCACCGAGGCAGAGAUCUCCAUAGUCGCUGGCUACGGCUCCACCAAGGAUGUUUCCGUCUACAGCUCACUGGGACUUGCGCCAGCACACAUCUACAUUGUGGGACGGGCCGUCAAGAAGUUCCACAACCAGUGCCAGUUCCUGUCUGAGGGUUAUGUUGCCCACCUGGCCCAGCUGGAAGCCGCAGCCCUGGCUCACUCCCCCAAGGGCCCCCCACGGCCUGUGCUGGGCAAAGGCACCUAUGGCUGCCCGGCGCCUGUCGACUUCCUGCGGAAGCAGAGCCAGCUCCUGCGCUCCCGGGGCUCCAGCCAGGCAGAGCGGGAUGGGGGGCCCCCCUCAGCACCCCCCGGCUUUUCCCGGACCAAGCCCCGCAGCAUCAGCCUCAAGCUGGAGGGUGAGGAGUGAGGGUGGCACGGCCAUGUCCCCCUUCUGCCACAUCCCUGAUUUUCCAGCAAGGAGCACCUGGGGCCAGAGCUGGUGCUGGGCCAUGAGGCCAUUGCAAGGAGAUGAGGGUGCUGGGUCCCCUGAGACCAGGGGGUGCUGGGAGAAGGCUCAGAGCUCCCCAGAGGACCAGAGUGAUCCCCUCAGGGCAGAGCCACCCUGGGUCCUCCCUGCUGCCCCCAGCCCCAUCCCCUGUGGUCCUUUGGGGCCGUUGGGCAGUGCCCAGUGGGGUCUGCACCCCAGGGUCAUUAUCCCUGUGCAGAACUGGGGGCUGUGGCUGUGCCCCAGAGCGAGUGGCACCUCCCCACCUAUUUAUUUCCGUCCGGUGUCACAGCGCAGGGCUGGGUUGGGGUUCCAGAGUGGUUCCUCUGUUCCCCCCCUUUCGUUUUGGUGUUGAAUAAAGAGAUGUUAUGACAAGGUGCCAGCA